UAUAAAUAUCCCAAGUGCAAGGAAUAACUCUUCACAACAUACCUUGAAACCUAAACUUUCACAAACAUGGCAAAAAACUCAAACACUUUCUUGUCUCUUAUCCCUCUUUUGUUCCUAACUUUUGUUGCAACUUCCCAUGCUGGUGGCAUAGCAAUCUAUUGGGGCCAAAACGGCAACGAGGGUACCUUAGCCGAAGCAUGUGCAACCGGAAAAUACACCCACGUUAUCAUAGCAUUUCUUAACAAAUUUGGUAACGGUCAAACCCCUGAAAUGAAUCUUGCAGGUCACUGCAACCCGUCAAUUCCAAAUUCAUGCACAAAAUUCAGCUCAGAAAUCAAAGAUUGCCAAAGUAAAAAAAUCAAAGUUUUAGUUUCAAUAGGUGGUGGAAUUGGAAGCUACUCUUUAUCUUCAAUUGAAGAUGCAAGAAAUGUUUCAACAUUUUUAUGGAACACUUUCUUGGGUGGCAAGUCAUCUUCAAGACCAUUAGGUGAUGCUGUUUUAGAUGGAAUUGAUUUUGAUAUUGAACUUGGUUCCACACAAAAUUGGCAACACCUUGCACAUUUUCUUAAAGGGUAUAGUAGAUAUGGAAAAAAGGUGUAUCUUGGUGCUGCUCCUCAGUGUCCAAUUCCUGAUAAAUUUUUGGGCACUGCCCUUCAAACAGGACUUUUUGACUUUGUUUGGGUUCAAUUUUACAAUAAUCCUCCUUGUCAAUAUAACGGAAACAUAACUAAUCUCGUGAAUUCGUGGAAUACAUGGACAAGAACCGUUCCAACCAUGAAGAUAUUUUUGGGGUUGCCGGCAUCCACGGCGGCUGCCGGAAGUGGUUUUAUUCCUGCAGAUGUGUUGACUUCUAAAAUUUUACCUGUGAUUAAGAAAACAAGAAAGUAUGGAGGAGUGAUGCUUUGGUCAAGAUUUCAUGAUUUGCAGAGUGGAUAUAGCACUUCUAUUAUUGGAAGCGUGUGAUGAGUUGUUUCAAUUGGUCAAUGAUUAAUUUGGUGUCAUAUUCAAGUUGUUGUUUUAUAUUAAUUGUGAUAGUAAUGAUCCAAGAAAAUAAUGGUGAUAUUGCUGUAUUUUGAAAAUUAGGUAUAGUGUGUGGUUAACUUUAUCUUCUAUUGUGUGCAAAUGGAUUAUACACUAAUGAGUCAUGACUUUAAAAUAUGAAAUGUUGAUUUUCUUUUUGUUUAA